AUGAAGGAAACACCAAAAUUCUCAUCACUGAACGCAUUCUCUUGCUCUGUGGUAAUCGAUCACAUACGACUGCUGAUCAUAUCCGCUAAAGGAUUAUCAGUAGGAUCCUUUAAACCAGUCAAGAAAGUCCCAUCAGAGGUUUCAUGGAACAUGAGCAAAGAGUUGGACGAUGAUUUUUGUUCGCCAAAACCUUCUGUAUCAUUUCCGGCUGCUCCACGGCGCCCAGAGAAGAAAGGUAAUGUUCAGUCUCUUCCCGUAAUCUCCGUUCCGUGCUCUUCUCUGUCUUCUGUUCUGGAAAAGACAGAGCAUUCUACUGACUCUAAACUCAGCCCAUUAUCUGACACUUGCGCCAUCUGUUCCAAAAACCUUCAACAUCUUAAUGAUUUGAGGAAAGUCGCUCACGUGAAUAAAUGUCUUGAUGCUCAAGAAUCCACAACCAACCAUGCCAAAGCAACUGAGAAAUGGAAUAAUACCAUUGAUUGUCCAAUGUGUGGCGAACCACAACCUCCUGGUCCGCAUCGGGCAGCACACGCGAAACGUUGUGGAAAGGCACAUAAAAUUCCACCUAAGGAAUUAUUGAAACUCAUGGAUAUACAGAGUCGUUUAUCGGAUGCUAAGAAGAGGGCAAGCAUGGCCCAUACCAAAGCUCAGGUACCGAUAAAGAAAGAGGUGGCACCACCAAAAUUGCAAGGAGCACCGAAAUCUGUUUUCGAUGAGAAUCUUCAGUUGGCACAAGCAAUUUCAGCAAGUAUGUCGACAGAUUGUUUGGAGACGAGCCAGAGCCCAUCACCACAAUUCACAAGGCUAGUUGAUCCCAAUGAGAAAAAGCGGAAAAGACCACGAUCCUAUGCAGUUGUUGAAUUGGCUCCACGUUCAUGCAAGUGUGAGAUACUUGAAAAGGUUCAUAACCGCUUUCUUGAAGCAUUCAAAGUCAAGAAAACAAAUGGUGAUGCUGAUUCACACACAGAGGUGUGUCGGCGACGAUACAAUCGGACAAGCGUAUUUAUGCAGUAUCAAACCCGAUUAUUGGACAAGUUGGAGAGAUUAGAACGCCUUUCUGAUGAUUUGAGCCAUUUAUUUGGGAACGAGACCACAUCGGACAUACAAAUCCAGUGUCGGGAUGGAUCAUUGAAGGCGCACCGUGCUGUGCUUUAUGCUAGAACUUCAAUGAUGGGGAAAACUCCUUCACAACCUAGUAUUUCCAGCAUCGAUGUGACCGAAAGUCUAAAGAUUGUUUCGUCAUGGCUGCGAUAUGUUUAUUCUGGAAGAAUUGAAUGGAAUAGCGAAGACCAUGAAAGUAUUCAGAAAUUGGCGGAACUAUACGGACCAGAUGAUCUGGUACCGUUAUGUGUUCGUAUGAAGGCACCGGUGCAUUCAUUUGGUGCAACUGCAACAUCCUCCUUAGAAAUCGAACCUAUUUCGACAUGCAGUUCUACAGAGGAGAAGAAAGAUGAAGAAACAGCUACAAAGACAGAAAUCACUCCAAUCGAGUCAUCAAAUGCUGGUACUGGUUCUGAAAUUGUUGUCCCAAAAAUCUUAAUGGUAGAUCUGAAUGAGCCAGAAACGGCUAUGGACGCGGAGUCCAGUCAGACAAUGGACUUAGAGGAUCCCUUACAAGGAAUUAUGUUGGCUAAUACCAGUGGUAAUUCGUCAGCAGAUUCUAGUUGCUGCAUCAUAGAGGACAAUGUCAUGAGCGUCGACCAAGAAGUGAAUCAGGUCGAUAUUAGUGCAGGAAAACAGGCGGAUGAUGUCGCAUGCACGUCAAGUUCAGAACAGAGAGAGGCUGCAUCAUCUUCUCAAGAAAUUUCUGGUGAUUUGCAAAUAACCAUCAAAAUCCCCGAAGAGCUGUGCACACCACAGCCGUCAGCAGCAGGUAAAAGUCCGGAUGUGUUUGAAGAGAAGGAUGGGGACGUCGAUGCGAAUGAAAUGAACGCUGCUGACGAUUUCUCAUGGAAUCUUACACCGCUUCGACCAUCCGCAGUAGUUGAUCGCCGCUCUUCUGGAAGACAGUCUUUAAGGAAUAGUGGUCUACGUUUAUCUUUCGACAAUGCUGCAGAAGCUCCUGGAGCUAACGGUGACUUGGAGAUUUUUGAGCCGACAAAAUCAUCAAAUAACGUCACAGUCGUUAACAUUGAUGAUGAACCAUGUUUGAAAGAGAUCCCCGAUCCUACUCCCGCGGAGAACCAAAAUGAGCAACCGGAUAUUUCUUAUGGAAAUGAAUAUUUUAACUAUCACGAUCCAUUUAUGGAACCUUGGUAUGAACCAGUUGAAAUGAGCCAGCAGUCAGUUUCACAACCGUUAGAGAUAGAAGAUGAAGCAACAGCUUCGGUUCCAAAAUCACCAGUUCAUGAAACGAGCGUUACAAGUAGAAGAGGAUCAAAAAUAGUAGAUUCCAAAGAGUCGUCGAAUGGUUCGGAGAAGGUGGCAACCGUGGACCAUCAAUUAUGUGAUAACGAAGUUUCGAGUGAGAAUUCGUUUACUGUAAGACCGAAUUCACCACAUUUCGUACCUCCUUUGGCUCAUUCGACUCCAGCUCAACCAGCUCGAAAGAAAGCCAAGUUUGGCUCGAAUGUAAAAAUUUUGAAGACAUCUGAUAUCACUCCUAUGCCCAACUAUGAGGGGAUGACCGACGAAGAGCUAAAGCGCGAAUUGAAAAAAUUUGGUUUGAAACCUAUGGGAAGAAAACGUGCAGUGGCGAUGUUGAAAAGAAUUUACGAUGAAGUACAUCCAGUAAUUGACCCUACUACACCUACAGUACGGCCGUUAAUUCUGGAAAAAUCCGAUAGUGAUACGCCUCGAGCUUCUCGUCAAGCAAAAACGAGAAACGGUAAACCCAAAAACAAGGUUUUUACUGUACCGGCAGAGUCUGAGACAGUGGUUUCCAAUGUCGCAGUUCGUCCUUUGAGUACGGUGGAGGAGAUUGGAAGGGAAAAUGAUGACCCAGAAGAUGAGGAUUUUGUGGACUUUGGCGAUAAGACAUUAAAUGAGCCACGUGCUGAACCACCAGAAGAGAGUAUGAUAGACGAUACAGGGAUUUUACCGACGGAUUUAGAAGGAAUGACGCGAACUUUCUUGACAUGGCUGCGCCAUCCUGAAAACGAUCAACUGUACAAUCAUUUGUUGUCACUACAACCGGUGCUUAUUGAAGAGUUACAUCUACGAAUGUCACGUGCUGACUCAGCUGUUUGUUGUAUUCCUAAGAAAGCGUUGGCAAAUAUUUUGGAUCGUCUUGGUGUAACGUUUUCGUUGCCACAAACUCAUGGAGGUCGUCGGGCGAACGGUGUAAGAAGAGCUGGAAAGUAA